AUGUUACUUCAUGCGGCUGAUGCUGUACAGCAAGGUGAUCGGAAGAUUCUUCUGCGGAUGGUGGAUACAGACGUCCUGGUGUUGGCGGUGGCCGUAUUCCAUCACCUGUCAUCAAUGCGACCUGAAGAGCAGCUAGAAGUGUGGGUGGCUUUUGGAACUGGCAUAAAUCUGAGGUAUAUUCCCGCACAUUCAAUUGCAUGUAAUCUUGGCCCAGAGCGAUCCAAAGCGCUACCAGCAUUUCAUGCAUUUACGGGAUGCGAUACUGUAUCCUGCUUUGCCGGAUGGGGAAAGAAGACUGCGAUGGAAGCGUGGAAGGCGUGCCCGGAAGUAACGAGCGCCUUUCUAUCCUUGUCAUGUCCUCUCGCUCAGAUCACUGAUCGCAACAUGGAACUACUCCAGCGCUUUGUUAUCCUCAUGUAUGACCGAACCAGCAAUAAGACGAAAGUCAAUCAUGCACGAAAGGCAUUGUUUUCGAAGAAGGGCAAGUCGCUGGAUCUGAUCCCACCGACCUUAGCAGCUCUGUAUGAGCACAUGAAGCGGACCGCACUUCAGGCUGGGCAUUGCUGGGGUCAGUGCCUGGUGGUCAGACCCCAAUUACCAAGCCCAGAGGAGUGGGGAUGGGUUCUGACGGCUGGCAGCCCUUCUGGACAACCCUUCCAGAUGUCACAAAGUCUUGUCGAGAGCUUGUACGAUGCGGGUGCAACAAAGGAUGUCAAGGAAGGUGUUCCUGUUUCAAGGUUAACUUGA